CAUCUGUGCAUGAAACUCUAAUCUGUCGAUACAUCUGCCAAAUCACCACCACCACUUGCCCCAAACCACCACCAUAAUCUGACCAACACUCGAUCCUCUCGGUUCGAUCGGGCCAUUUCAAAGGGGCCAGAGUACCAAUCGAGUUUGGCUCGACCGUUUUCCAUCAUGUCCACCCCCGGCCAUUGGCGUGGUCACCCCUGCAAAUACCCCAGUUGCGAAAUUAGAGGGAUCGUGAAAGCGUGUAUCAGCCCUACCGAAGGAGCUUCUAGACCUGUUUGUCACCAGAGGCGUUCAUUUCAUGCUGCAGGAAUGAGAUUGGAUGAUGUGCCGGGGACCCGAUUAGUUUGAUUGUAGGAUGCUAAAUAAUAAGCUCAUUCUCCCUCUUCGAUCUGGGUUGUUACCUUUGACACUUUCUCUCAUUCAGUCACUCAUUUCUUGACACCGAAUCUCGACGGUUCCGGUUCAGUUCAUUCAUUCAUUUCAAGUAAAUUCACUCUUUUUGUAUCAAAUCUCGUUCUUGGCAAGUCCCAAGAUAGUCACUUGGCACCUAUUUAAACAUCUGAAACUUGUUUCUGUCGAUCACGAUGAAGUUCUUCCUCCCUAUUCUUCUCGCAGCUCCCGCUGUCAUGGGCCGAGCCUGCAAGGUCCGACACUCACACUCUUCUGCGGUUGAGCCCGUCCACACUCAGUACCCUGUUCCCGAGCCUGUGAUCUCUCAAGCGCCUCAGCUUGUAGGCCAGAAGCCUUCUCCCGUCGAGGUCAAGACUACAGCUUCCAAGCCCAAGACCACCAAGUCUAAGACCACCAAGCCGAAGAAGGUCUCUAAGCCCAAGGCCUCCAAACCGAAGGCUUCUAAGCCCAAGUCUACCACGCCCACGACCACCAAGCCCAGCACUCCCAAGACAUCUACUCCCAGUACCGGCUCCAGCUCCAAGUCUACACCUCUUGGUGACGGUGCUUCUGUCUCUGGAUCUUCCACCUUCUACGGCGGUAACCUCGCUGGUGGAAACUGCAUGUUCUCAACCUACACUCUCCCCUCUGGUAUCCUCGGAACUGCCUUCUCUGGCCAAAAGUGGGACAACAGCGCCAACUGCGGUGCCUGUAUCGAAGUCACCGGUCCUUCAGGCACCAUCAAGGCCAUGAUCGUCGACAAGUGCCCCGAAUGUGACCCCGGCCAUCUCGAUCUCUUCCCCGACGCCUUUAAAGCCGUCGGCGGCACAGACGGCAUCGUCAAGACCUCGUACAAAUUCGUCGAGUGCGGCAUCGCCACCCCCCUCGUGCUUCACAACAAGGAGGGUACUUCCGCCAAUUGGUUCUCCAUCCAAGUCGUCAACGCCAACGAGCCCGUCAAGAGUGUUCAGGUUUCCACUGACGGCGGUAGCACCUGGAAGAGCACUGAGCGCAAGGACUACAACUUCUUUGAGAACCCUGCUGGCUUUGGGAAGACUUCUGUUGAUGUCAAGGUUACUAGCAGCACUGGAAAGAGCGUUGUUGUUAAGAACGUUGGCGUUACUGCUGGGGCUCAGUACAAGGCUAGCUCUAACUUCUAAGCUGUUAGUGUAAGCUUAGGGUGUUGAGUUGGCGAGAGUUGUGUAUCAGAAUUGUGUGGCGCGUUCAUGUGCUGAAGCAUUUGGCGGCAGGUGUAGGUUAGGCAGCUGGCUGCUUUGACUGGGAACUUGCUGAUGAGAUACUUGAGCACUGAAUGAUGAUGUGAGAUGGGAGUAUAGUUUCUUCUUCAAGUACAUAUUAGACAUGAGGACUACCUCCAAAUAUUUGAAUCAGGGUGCCAAAAUAAACUGGUCUAAAGGUAUACUAAGAUAUCCUAAACUUACCUAAGUCUUUUCAUCAUUUAGAAAAGAGGUCCUAAGUUUUCUUGCCUCACCUUGUGAGCUAACGUUGCGAUUUUACGGGUGCGGGUAUGAACAGUUUAUUACGGAGGAUCCUCUAAUUGAUCUUCAGAGCCUACUUACUGCGCUGAUUCAGAAUCUAUUCUGCUGAUGGUGAGGGAAGAUGGUAUACCGUUGGCUCGGCUAUGAGACCACCAAGACGCUUGGCUCGUUACUAAGAAAUGUUCUCAGCAUGAUCUCAAUCGUCAAAGACUGUUCUCGCUGAACUUAGGUUUCAGGUGUCGUGAACCUUGGCCGAGACCCUCAGAUCAUUACCGUUUUCGUAUACACUAUCAAUUUACCCGUCUUGGGUUGAACACCCGACUUGGCAAAUGG